AGGAACACUAUUUGUAACAUAAUUUUGAAGAAAAAUUGAUAAUUCUGGCAACAUCGUACCAUAAUUCCUUUACUGGCCGGUGGCAUCACUGUGUCAAAUGACCACUUGUCAGUAUAACGCGUUCCAUAGGUUAUAAAAUACAGACAAAAUUUAAAAAUUACAACAAAAUCAAUUUUUAUGGCGUCAAAGUCAGUGAAAGCCCUAGGGUUGGCCAGGAAAUCGCUUACUGCGUUGGAAACUGGGUUGGCUACCAGAUUGCCAGAAGCUUAUAAGAAAUUUUACAAGGAAUGGAAGCUUACUGAACCUACUGCUGUCCAUUAUAUACCUGAGACUGGUAAAUGGAAACGAAACGACAUCACUGGUGAAGUGUUCCCUGUUCAAAAUGUACCUUUGCCAGUUAUUUAUCCACCUGAGGCAAAUAACCACAUAUGGGGUGGUGAUGGUGUUAUUCAGGGCUUCCAAUCUAGAGCUAGUGAUGUAAGAAGAGUACCUCAUUUCUGGGUACCUGUCUUAAAGAGAACUGUUGUUUACAGUGAGGUACUUGAUAAAUAUCUCUCUGUGAUUGUCACUGAGAGAGCUAUCAGCCUUAUUAAUUCAAAUUAUGGAUUUGAUCACUACUUGUUGAAGACUCCUGCUUGUGAUUUAAAAGGACUGCUGCCUCUCAGAUUAAAAAGGAAAAUUUUACAAGAAUUGCAGAAAGGUUGCCCUUCAUAUGCAGAUAAACCAGAAAAACAAAGUGAAGUACUGCACCGUUUUGAGAAUUAUUUGUCAGCAUAUACUGCUGAAGAGAUUGAAUGGUAUGGGUAUUCUCUUCAUGAAGCAUUGAGAAUAUUAAAGCAGAGGAUUGAAGAGGAAGAGCGUAGCAAGGUAGUACCGUUGAAACACAUGUAUCGUGCUCAGUUAAUAGAGAAACUAAAGGCUGCUAGCUUGAGUGAAAUGGUUGAUAAUAAAGCUGAGGAGAUAAGUUCUGGCGAAUCUGGGUCCUGGCUACAAAAAAUAAAUCCAUUUGGUAAAAAGAGAGAGACAUAAAUUUGUUAAUGUACCUAUAUACAUAUUGAUUGUUGUCCACUGUAUUCCUGAAAAUAGACAGUUAUUAAAAAUUGAACUAUUAUUGAA